AUGUACCCGGUGCUGAGGAGUCUCGCUCUUCAGCUGCACUCUGCCGCCACCGGCAGCUAUGUCUCUGGGACCCACUCCAUUGCCUUCAUCAACUGUCUCAACGAGCAGAUUGCCAAGGAUAUUGCAAGGGCCAUCAUGGAUAAGAAGCUGGCUGCCUACGUGAACAUCCUGCCGAAGAGCUCGGCCUUGUAUUUCUGGAAAGGAGAGCUGGAAGAAUCCACUGAAAUACUGCUGUUAGUGAAAACAAGGACAUCCAAAAUAGGUGAAUUGACCAACUACGUCAGAUCUAUCCAUCCCUUUGAAAUUCCCGAAAUCAUCAGCCUGCCUAUUGACCAAGGGAACCCUCUCUACCUGAAAUGGAUAGAAGAAAGCGUCCCACGGGACUAA